AUGCUUAACUGGUUUAGAUGGACAAAAUUUGCUCAAAUUGUAUUUGUUGCUCCGACUAAGCCACUUGUUGCGCAGCAAGUUGAUGCAUGUUUUAAUGUUGCUGGAAUUCCCCGGUCUCAAACCACUAUGCUUACAGGAAAUGUGCCACCCGGCUUAAGAGCAACAGAAUGGGAAUCGAAGCGUGUCUUCUUUAUGACACCACAGACCCUUAUUAAUGACCUCAAGAGUGGCAUUGCUGACCCAAAGCGAGUUGUGCUAUUAGUUGUUGAUGAGGCGCAUCGUGCCACGGGUGCAUACGUAUACGUUGAAGUUGUCAAGUUUAUUCAACGGUUUAAUACCAGCUUCAGAGUCCUGGCGUUAACCGCGACUCCGGGCUCAACAGUUGAGACGGUCCAGGAAGUAAUUGAUGGGUUGAACAUUUCAAGAGUCGAAAUACGCACUGAAUCCUCUCUGGAUAUCCGUGAAUAUGUACAUGCUAAAAACGUGGAGACCAUCUCUUUCUCUAACUCUGACGAUAUGAAGCUUUGCAUGGAUCAAUUUUCAAAAGCAUUGAGGCCCAUGGUUGAGAAACUUCGUAACAUCAAUGCAUAUUGGGGAGAUGACCCAAUGUCCCUUACUCCUUUUGGGUUAACCGAGGCCAGAAAAAAGUGGAUUAUGUCACCAGCAGGUAGAACAGCCAACUGGGGUCUAAAAGGAAUGGUCAAUAGCAUAUUCACAGUCCUGGCUAGCCUAGCUCAUGCCAUUGAGCUUCUCAAAUACCACGGAGUUGGACCGUUUUAUCGUAACUUGGUGUCGUUUCGUGAUGGCUCCACGGAUGGAAGUCAAGGGAAAGGAGGAAAAUAUGGUCGACAGGUCAUGGACGAUGCGAAUUUUAAAUCCAUGAUGACUAUGUUAAGAUCAAAAAUGACGGAUGCGGAUUUCGUUGGCCAUCCCAAGUUGGAAUACCUUAAACGAGUUAUUUUGAACCACUUCUUGGACGCGGAUACCAACAGCCACACGGCUAAUUCACCAAAAACACGAGUGAUGGUGUUUAGCCAUUUUCGUGACAGUGCAGAGGAAAUUGUCCGGGUGCUCAAAAAACACGCUCCAAUAAUCCUGCCACAUGUUUUUGUAGGCCAGGCGAGUGCCAAAGGCUCCGAAGGCAUGGAUCAGAAGAAACAGCUAGAAAUUAUAAAGAAGUUCAAAGAGGGAACUUAUAACACCAUCGUUGCCACUUCUAUUGGAGAGGAAGGCCUUGAUAUUGGAGAAGUUGAUCUUAUCAUAUGUUACGAUUCUUCAGCGUCGCCUAUUCGUAUGUUGCAGAGAAUGGGGAGAACCGGAAGAAAACGUACGGGCAAGGUUGUUCUCUUGCUUAUGGAAGGCAAAGAAGAGGAAAAAUACUUCAGGGCAAAGGAUAACUACGAGAAGAUGCAACAAAUCAUUGCUUCUGGAUCUCACUUUACAUUCCAUGAGGAUAAAUCUCCUCGCAUUAUUCCCCGUGAUAUCCAGCCGAGAGUAGAUGAGAAACGCAUUGAGAUACCCAUAGAGAACUCCCAGGCGGAACUCCCGGUGCCUACAAAACGUGGCCGCAUACCGAAACGACCACCAAAGAAAUUUCACAUGCCCGAUGGGGUUCAAACAGGCUUCACGAACGCCCUAACCUUGACCGGUGUUGAUAAGAAACCUAAAAGGCGGAAGAAUUUACCUGAAUAUCGAGAACAAAGUCCAGAGAUUGCAGAACUCCCGCCCUUGAAUGAGGUUACUCUUACUCCAGAUCAAACUCUCGAACUAAGACGGAAUUUUCAGACCGUGACUGGAACGUCACCACAGGUCAUGCGCUUCCCUCGACUUGACGUUUAUCCAGUUCUUCAAAGAUUCUGUCGGCCCACUGUAGAUGUGCCGCAUGCGACCCUGACCCGCAGCCUAACAAAGGCGGUCCGUGAAAUGUCGGAAUUUGGUAUUGAUUGUGAUGAAAAAUACGAGCCUUACCUUCCUCCUGACGUUCAUAAUUGGGAACCCAACGAUAAAGUGCCCUCACCUAUCUCCGACGAUAGCCAUGAACAAGAUUCUUCCACUGAUAAACUAGGCACCGGGAUAGGCGCCGGGAUGGUUACCAAGACCUCCGAUUGUCAGCAGAGGACACGGCAGGACGGUCCAUCUGAGCGCGGACUCUCAUUGAUGUGUACCCAGGCCUCCGGCUCGUUCGGUUUAAACAACAAUAACACAUAUCCAUCCGAACAUAGCGCUGACGAUGAUUUCCCUGACAUUGAUCAGUUAUUUGCUGAAUCAUUUGCUAGCAAUAAUCCCUUUGCUCGAAAACCCGCUGCUGAGACGACAAGGGAUGUGGUUCCUGUUGGGGAGACAAACGAAGAUGUUGCUCAAAUUCAUAGUGAUUAUAGCGGGACUUUUAGUGGUUUUUAG